AUGCGGAGCUGGGGCGCGCGGCUCCUCUCCUAGACGGAGGCUGGGGCGCGUUCGCCGCCACCCGGGAGACCCAGCCGCAGCUGCAGCAUUGCCAGUGAUGUAAUCAUUCUACCACAAACCUGCAAUGAGGUGCUCUGGAAGUGAACUCACUGUUUACAUCUGGUUCCAUACAUUCUCAGCUCCCCAGUCUGGAAAAUGCAUACUUUGCAUUCUUGUUGAAGUCAAGACAGUCAUAUGGUAUACCGAAGUACCUCAAACUGCAUAUACAUGAAAGACGUCCCAUUAAUAGGAGAUCCCUUUGUUUGAACAAGUUUCUUGAGCACAUGAAAACCGAAAGCGCUCCCAUCCGUCCCUGUGGCUGUAGCUGUGUGCUGCUCCGGGGGCUGUACGUGAGCUCAGAGCAGGAGUUCUCCUUCAUGGUUCCUGUAUGUGGUCAAAAGAAAACAAGCAGAAUUAGUGCAAACCAAGAGAAAGGAGGAGAUUGCAUAAAUCUUGGUAGACAAGUUGGCUGCAAGCAGUUAAACCGAAAUUAACUUCUGCCUUCUGGCCGCAGAGUGCGAGUUUGACGUUCGUGUGUGAUAUUCUGCAGACUAAAUCAUGCCAGCGUUAUCAACUGGAUCUGGAAGUGACACAGGUCUGUAUGAACUGCUGGCAGCAUUGCCAGCCCAGCUGCAGCCACAUGUGGACAGCCAGGAAGACCUGACCUUCCUCUGGGAUAUGUUUGGUGAAAAAAGCCUUCAUUCACUGGUGAAGAUUCAUGAAAAACUGCAUUAUUACGAAAAACAGAACCCUGUGCCCAUACUCCACAGUGCAGCAGCCUUGGCAGAUGAUCUGGCUGAGGAGCUGCAGAGCAAGCCACUGAACAGCGAGAUCAGAGAACUGCUGAAACUGCUGUCCAAACCCAAUCUCAAGGCUUUGCUCUCUGUACAUGAUACUGUUGCUCAGAAGAACUACGAUCCUGUCUUGCCUCCCAUGCCUGAUGAUAUUGAUGAGGAAGAAGAUUCAGUUAAAAUAAUCAGACUUGUCAAAAACAGGGAACCAUUGGGGGCUACGAUUAAAAGGGAUGAACAUACUGGUGCAAUUGUGGUGGCAAGGAUAAUGCGUGGAGGAGCUGCAGAUAGAAGUGGUCUUAUUCAUGUUGGUGAUGAACUCAGGGAAGUCAAUGGGAUUCCUGUGGAUGAUAAGAAACCUGAAGAAAUAAUACAUAUUUUGGCUCAGUCUCAAGGAGCAAUUACAUUUAAAAUUAUACCCAGUGUAAAGGAAGAAACACCAUCGAAGGAAGGCAAGAUGUUUAUCAGAGCCCUAUUUGACUAUGAUCCUAAUGAGGAUAAAGCAAUUCCUUGUAAAGAAGCUGGACUUGCUUUCAGAAAAGGAGAUAUACUUCAGAUCAUGAGCCAGGAUGAUGCAACCUGGUGGCAGGCCAAACACGAAGGUGAUGCCAAUCCCAGAGCAGGCUUGAUCCCUUCAAAGCAUUUCCAGGAGAGGAGAUUUGCACUAAGAAGACCAGAAGUGCAGAUUCAGCCACUGAAAAUUUCCAACAGAAAAUCAUCUGGUUUUAGAAGAAGCUUUCGCCUUAGCAGAAAAGAUAAAAAAACAAACAAAUCUAUGUAUGAGUGCAAGAAGAGUGAUCAGUACGAUACAGCAGAUAUCCCAACAUAUGAAGAAGUUGCAAAAUAUAGACGACAACCUAAUGACAAAUACAGGCUUGUAGUUUUGGUUGGACCAGUGGGGGUUGGACUGAAUGAGCUCAAACGAAAAUUGCUGAUCAGUGACACCCAGCAUUACGGCGUAACAGUGCCACACACCACCCGAGCAAGAAGAAGCCAAGAAAGCGAUGGUGUUGAAUACAUUUUCAUUUCCAAGCACUUGUUUGAGACAGACGUACAGAAUAACAAGUUUAUCGAGUACGGCGAGUAUAAGAACAACUACUAUGGCACAAGCUUAGACUCUGUUCGGUCAGUCCUCGCUAAAAACAAAGUCUGUCUGUUGGAUGUGCAGCCUCAUACAGUGAAACACUUACGGACAUACGAGUUUAAGCCCUUUGUUAUAUUUAUAAAGCCUCCACCACUUGACCGCUUGAGAGAGACUAGAAAAAAUGCCAAGAUUAUUUCAAGUAAAGAUGAUAGGGGAACUGCAAAGCCCUUUACAGAAGAAGAUUUUCAAGAGAUGAUUAAGUCUGCCCAGGUGAUGGAGAGCCAGUACGGCCACCUCUUCGAUAAGGUGAUCAUCAAUGAUGACCUCGCAACAGCCUACAGUGAGCUUAAGGCAACCUUUGACAGACUGGAGACUGAGACCUUCUGGGUUCCCAUCAGCUGGUUGCACUCAUAGCGUUUCGUGUUCACAAGGCAGCCAAUGCAUCCCGAUCCAGACGUGUGCGUGGUUAGGCAAUACUUAAGGGGCAUUUUCUUGGGAGAAGGGCUUUCUAACUCUACCUGAGCAGCAAGUGCACUCUUCACAUACUUGGCACUGGUCUUGUUUUCCUGUGUCUUCAUCCUCCUGUUCACAAUUUUGGGACAGUCAUGUGGAACCGAAGUCUUACUAAGAUCAGUAAAGCAAGCAAAUACUCGUGUAACAAAACUGCCAAAUGUCUCUCUCUCACUCGUAUGUCCAUUUACAAAGUAAGCUUUUUUAAUGGAGAGUCUGCAGAAGAUAGUAAUUAAUACUGGAGAUCAGCACUUUGGUGGUUGUAAGUCUAACUGCUCUCAUAAAAAGCACAUCAGCACUUGGAAGUUAUUAUCCCUUAAGUGCUCGAGAGAACUGAAAUAGGCAAAAGUGACCAACAUUUUUAUGGGGAGGACUUCCUAUGCGCAGCAAGAUAAGUGUUUUUACUUUUAUAGACGUGAGUCUUGUCUUACAUGUACAGAAUGAUUGCAGUAUUCCUUUGCACUUACGUAGUCAUGAAAAGAAAGAUGUAUUCAGUGGCUCAGUUGUGAAAAUCCCUGCUGUGAGCAUGCACAGAUUGAAGGUAUUUUCAUGCAUGCUUUGUGGCACAACGAAUAGAACUCACGGGAAUAUUUAUUUAAAUAGGGUUACUAUGUAUAUAACUUCAAAGUCUUUAGGAUUAAUCUUCUGUAAAAUAGGUGACUAAGCAGUAUGAAUAGCAACCAAGUAAAGAGUACUUUUUUUUUUCCUUUAAAUUGAUAUCAAGAACUUUUAGCAAACCUUGGAACAGCUUUCCCUUCAGAAUUUUUCAAACAAUUGGUGAGGAUGCUGUGGAGACCUGGAAGCAGCUGCAAUAAGUCAGUUCUUUCCAUUGUUUGCUAUGUAGCGGUACUUGUUUUGAUAGCGUAACAGACGUCUUAUCUCCAUCCAGAAACAAAUUAGUGCUGUAGUCCUCAUUACAAAAAAAUCUCCAUCAGUGGUCCGAUACAGAUGGAAACCUCAUCUUGAAUUUGAUGUGGCAGUGUAAGCAUAUGUAUCAUAGAUGAUGUAUUUUAAUAUAGAUAAUUCGGUAUUUUUCUUUCUUUACUGCUGAUAUGCAGGAAAUGAGUACAUCUGUAAAGACCAAGGAACACCUGUGUGUUGUGUUGUGAAUGUGUCUGUAAGUAAAGAACGUAUAGGAGCUUGUAAAUUCAGGUCAUCACAUCUGUGGCAUUCAAACAGGAAGCAGUUAUUUCAUGUUAAUCUGUAAAGAGAAUAUAGAUGUCUUGUUUCAGGGAAAAAGAAUUUAGUGAAACUUUAUAUAUUUAUGGAGGGUUGAAAAGGGAUGUGAAGUUUUUAAAUUUCUUGUCAAUGUGUUCAUUUAUUAAACAGAUUAUGAAGACUGUAAUUCAAAACACUGUCUCUGUAAAUUGAGCUCAACAUUCCAUGUAAACUUUUUAUUUCAGUUCAUGUGCUGAUAAAGCCAUCAGAUUCCGCAGUUUAAUUCUAAAUGCGUAUUUAAUUUGUGGGUCACUGCACGUAGCGUAGAGUUGUGUAAAACAAAUGAAAUGCAAGCAACAGCAGCAAAAUCCCUCCGAGUCUGGAAAUGUUUAUGUGGGAGUCACAGACGUACAGAAUCUCAGUAUGGUAAACGUUCUGUUUGAAGCACUGUAAUGUAACUUUUGUCAAACUUCACCAUUUUUCAGGAGGAAAAUUUUUUGUAACAUAAAUUGAGAUUUGUUGAUUAAGUUAAUUGCAUGCGGGUUAUGUGGGUUGAGAAGAUGUUUUCUAUUAUUUUUAAUUACUGAAAAUCACACUGUUUUUCUGGGGAUCUGGAAUUGGGUGCCUGCUUGCCUUUGCCUGCAAAGAACCGAGCGCCCUCACCACUUCUUCCAACCAACAGCUUGGAGAGGGGGCUCUGCAUCCCUUGAUAUCUGGCCACUUCCCGCCUUAAUGAGCAACUCAGUGCUGCUUCUGACCUGCAGUGUAUCAGAACUUCAGUGUGGAAUAGCACUCCCAUAAGGGACCUGCUUUUCUCUUUGAGAAAGUGGUGCUGGAAUAUUCUGCAAAGUCUCUGUCCAGAGCAGUCCUGCAUGCUGUCUGUCUUGUCCUUUUGAAAAAGACUGCAGUUCCCAUUCCUGGGUCGGUGCAGUCUCAGAGGACAUUCUGCACCACGCUGUGCUGGGCAGCCAUGGGCAGCGCUGUGCUCUGCUGCCUUCAUGAAGACGCUGCUGCUGGUCCCUGGUGCAGCCCUGCAGGCGCUUUGGAGGCAGAGAGGCGGAUGGCUGCCUGCCCUGUCUGUGGGCUGGGAGCCGAGUCCUGAGUUGUAACACCUGCAAGGGAAGGGAAUCACAAAAACAUAAAUCCUGCAGAGCAAAACGUGCACACAGUGAGAGGUGGUGUUAGCUAAAUCACUAGAUUGCUCUUGAAAAUCAAUGUUAUUGCAGUGGUUGCUUCCAAAAAUAAAAAAAAGAAAAUAGAAGCCUCUGGGCUCUGCAAGGCAGGCAGGGAUGAUGUAAGUUCAAGGCAGAAAGAUGUCUCAGCCCACCAGUUCUGACAGCACGGAACCUGCUCUGAACUCACGUGCCAAAUUGUUCUGAGGUUCCGUGGGGAGGGCUGUGUGCUUCUUCUGACUCUGAACAUUUGGGAACGAAGACGACUCAAGGUGGUUUCAAUAUUCCAGAUAUUCAAGUUGUGCUGUGUGGGCUUUUAGGAACUGUGUGUUUUGACAGAUGUUUUUGUUGUGUUCUAGCUGUUUGCCAUAGUCAAAAAAAAAGGGGUAGUAUUUUUUCAUAUUGUACCAAGCUCUGUACUUGAAUUUGCCAUCAGGUCAUUGGUUGAUGUCUUACCUGCACUCUUACCUUCUUUAUGCAAAACAAUAAAUUAUUGAUAUAUCA